UUAAAAAAAUUAACCGUUAUAAAUCCCUCAAUCUUGAUACAAAUUCUCAAAUCCCCAACACUUAAAAGAUCAAAACCAAAUCUUCCAUUAGAUUUCUUGAAGAUUUCUCCAAAAUCUUUGAAUAUAUCUCAUAGCAUUGAUCACAUGACUUCAACUCGAUGUGCUGUUUGCAAGUAUUUCAGACGAAGAUGUCCUUCAGAUUGCGUUUUUGCGCCUUAUUUCCCGGCUAAUAACCCUCAAAAAUUCACUUGCGUUCAUAGAAUCUAUGGCGCCAGCAACAUCGGCAAGUUGAUCGAGGAACUGCCUGUACAACUACGGGCGGAUGCAGUAGAGUCAUUGUAUUACGAGGCCAAGUGUAGAAUACGAGAUCCCGUGUACGGGUGUGUUGGAAUAAUAUCGUUGUUGCAUCAACAAAUACAUAUAGCACAAAGCCAACUAGCGAAAGCUCAAGCGGAGAUUGCUUUUCUUGAUGCUAAUGUUACAGUAGCCGAAACAAUGUUGGCCUCGAGUGGAUCGUUGGGUCAACAAAAUGGCAUUGAUCAUAGUCUAGACCAUCCUUCUAAUCCCUGGUUUUACUAGAUAUCUUCGCUAGUUUUGAGCUUUCGAAUACAAUCAACAAGAAACCUGUUCUUUUUGUAUUCGUUAGUGUACUAGAGCAUUCUUUUAAUUGAGAUUUAAACCUGUAACUUUCAAGAGCUUUUCCCGAUAGAUAACGAGCAGUUUGUUAGUGUAUUAGGCCAUUCUUUUCGUUUAGAUAGUGUUGUUCGAUCAUCACCUAUGGUUGGUUUAAACAUUCUCUAAAUUGGACUUAAAUGUAGUUUUGUUUCCAAACAUGUAACUCAUGGACAGCAAUUUGAAAUUUUUGAUUUGUAGAGGAAUAAUACUGUCUUUCGAACCAACGAGAUAUCAAACCAACAACUACAAUCCCCAUCCAUCUUACUACAGUACACUUUUGAGGCUGAAAC